GCUGCCAGAGUGGCGUGAGCGACAGCGCAGAGCUGUGCGGCCUCUUGCGGUGGGGCGUGGACGGGAACAGCACCCGGGGGAAGUCAUGUUCCUGACGUCACAAUUUUAUUUCCCAGGCCACUUACAUGGAACUAACACGAGUGUGUUGUUUUGGGUUUGGGUACCAUUUCCAAAGGUGUCCCGAUUUAAUUAACAGUUUUCUGAAAAUGUUUGAGCUGCAUCGGCGAAACCCAGGAUUUUUGGUCUCUGAUCGACCGGCAUCAAAUCUGUGUGACAACCAAAGUGAUUCUAGACAUUGGCAGUGCUCAUCGAUUGAGGUGACAUGGACUCUUAUGCUGACCCAACCGUCAAUGUUCGAUACUUUUCAAGCUGACUAGACAUGGAAAUUAGACCCAGUGGUAAAAGCUGUGUGAUACCCAAAUGCAUUGUAAUGAAAAAGGUUAAGUGCAAGCUGCUAGUUGAGUCCUAGUAGCAGACCUCCCUGCAGGUGUUCGGACAAAUCAUGCACCAUUUUUGAAGUGGACUGGACUCAGAAACCAUGCUGAAUUGAUAAUAACUACAAGGACAUUCUUACAGGGAUGUUUGUAGGUUAGAAUAUGCAUUUUAUUCCAAAGUGUUGCAGAAACAUAUUUUAAUGUUGUUUUCUUUACAAUCAGGUUACCAUAUUGUUGGAUGCAGUGCUGUCCAUUGGUGCAAUGAUUUUCCUGCGAUCAAUUGCAUAGUGCAUUUCAAUUAGUCUUUGCCCACAUUGAGUUGAUAUACAUCCAUGGCUAUUUCACUUCUUCAGUGUUUAAAUAGGUAAUAGGCCAAGAUCAAAAACUGUGAAUAAUUGUGUACCCAGUUACUUGGUGAAAACUUCCUAGAGAUGAAUACACUGAGCACUGCUGAUAAGUGGUUAUUGAAAACACCAGUACCAACUCCAUGUCUAUUGGCUGUCAGGUCUUAUUUUUUCCCUUUGGUUUGUAUGAAAUGAAUAUGUGGUAACAUUUAGUGUACAGAAGUAUUAUUGAUCACAACUAGUCGAUUCUGUUUGUGUGACUUAUCCAACGUAUUUUAAUUUAUUGUGAGUAGACACAUCAACUGUUACUUUUCAAAUCAUUUGGAACCUUUUAUCCGUAAAGCUGUAAUCUUUAAUUGUGUCACGUCUACUAAUGAAAACAAUCAGACUUCUGUUUUCUAAAUUAAUUGCUUGUGGUAUAGGUGGGUUUAUGGCAUAUUUUUGUUCUGUUUUUGUCAUAUUUAUGUAUGUUUUAAGUACUGGAAUGCCCCCAACCUCAUUUGCAUGCUAUCAGUCAUUGAAUUCAUCCACAUGUUAAAAGAAUGCGUAAUGAUCUUUUUAUUAGCAUGCCUUUCUGUUUCGCAAAAGCUCUAGAUUGAACUUAUUCAUACAAACUGAUGUCUGUCUGUUUACGUCUGCAAAGCUGCACGUUCAUGGACCUGACAAGCCCUGCUCUGCAUACACAUCAAGGCUCAUCGAAAAUAUUUUCCGUCUCUCUAUUCUCUUGUAAGGUAUAGCUGUGCAGCCUGAGAGUAAUGGACACUUCAACUAGAGGAUCCUGCUCUGCGUCUGUUCUUAAGGAAUACCUCGAAGCACUGAAUGUGCUAAAACUUCCUACACUUCAGAUUCUUGAAGAGGAGGAUGUGGAUGGAGGGGCCUUUCUCCUGCUUACCGAAGACUAUCUCCGUUUAAACUUUGCUACUAUCAAGUCAGGUGAGAGGCUGAAAGUCCUCAACUUAGUUGAGCAGUUCAAACUGGCUCCUCCACACAUUUUUGGUGAGUCACAAUCUUCUUCACCUUCGGUUUCACCAGUGGAAAUUGUAUUUAUGGAAUCUUUGGAAACAACAGACAUUUUAGAAACUAACGAAGGUGUUCCAAUGGUUAGUACAUCUGUGAAGAAAACUGUCAAAAGUGCUGCUCCAUCUAAGUCAUCUUCCAGUUCACCCGCUAGGAAGUCAUGGAGGUAAAAACCAUCUUGCUAAGUACAAUACCAGGAACGGAAGUAGUUGAGCACCUCAAAGGUGAACAUUGGCCGGAUAAACCUUUUAUGAAAACCAUGCUUUCCAUUCUUUUAAACUAUCUGAUCAGCAGCUCUGGAGGGACUAGUGA